AUGCCAGGCAAUGCCCAGGUGAGAAGGUGCCCUCAUGCCAGGGAAGAGGGACAAAGAAUCUCGCUCCUCCUGACUUUGGGUGGGGGCAGGGUGCCUUUGGCAUCCAUCGCCCCCAAUGAAGUGGUCAGAUGCCCGUUGUACCCAGCCCAGCGUGCGUUCCAGGCCUCAGCUCUGCUGAGGAGAGUCUCAGAUGAACAGAAACAGGAGCCGCCACCAUCUUCCUCCCAGCAACGUUUUGAAUCACACCCACCAGGUGACCAACCUGACCAGGAGCCCCAGCGCUCCCAUCACAGUUACACUGAUCAGGGUGGUGAGGAAUCCGAGGACUAUGAGAGUGAAGAGCAGCUGCAGCAGCGAAUCCUAACAGCGUCGCUGGAGUUUGUGCCUACUCACGGUUGGACAGCAGAUGCCAUUGCAGAGGGAGCCAAGUCUCUGGGCCUCUCUGUUGCUGCAGCAGGGAUGUUUCAUAAUGACGGCAGUGAGCUGAUACUGCAUUUUGUGUCCCAGUGCAACUCUGAGCUCUCUAAUCUGCUGGAGGAACAGCAAAAGCUGGUGCAGCUGGGCCAGGCAGAGAAGAAGAAGACAGACCAGUUCCUGAGAGAUGCUGUGGAAGCCAGACUGAGGAUGCUCAUCCCAUACAUUGAGAAAUGGCCCCAGGCUGUAAGCAUUUUGCUGCUUCCACACAACAUCCCUUCCAGCCUAAACCUCCUCGCUAGCAUGGUGGACGAUAUGUGGCACUAUGCAGGAGAUCAGUCCACCGAUAUUAAUUGGUACACUCGUCGGACAGUGCUGGCUGGCAUCUACAACACUACUGAGUUGGUGAUGAUGCAGGAUUCGUCUUCUGACUUUGAAGAGACUUGGCGCUUCCUGGAAAACAGAAUAGCUGAUGCCAUGAAGAUGGGUCAUACAGCUAAACAGGUACAGUCAACGGGAGAAGCACUCGUCCAGGGCCUAAUGGGAGCUGCAGUUACUAUAAAGAAUUUGGCGGGACUGAACCAGCGGCGGUGAAGAGAGGGGGAGCUGAGAGUCUGUGCCAUGCCCUUUGCCUAUAAGAAGAUUGAAGGCAGAAUCCCAGUGCGCACAAGAAUAUAGAGCCAUCAUAACAGUGAACGUCCCCAGCACUGUUAAAAUCCCCCCCCCCCCCC